UUCUCCCCUCCCUCCUUCCCUCCUUCGCUCUUUCGCCCCCUUCUCGCUCCGAGGGCUGCUCGGAGCCUCCGCGGCGGCGGCCAGGGGGCGCGCUCCGCCGCCUCUUUGUUGGGGCCGAACCCGGAGCCGCGAGCGCGGGGAAGCCGCGCCGGUCCGACCCGGAGGAGCCGGGACCCCCCGGAGCAUGGCCCGCCCCGGACCCCGCGCCCCCCGCCGCCCCCUCCUCCUGCUGCUGCUGCUGUGCGCGCUGGCGCCCGGCGCCCCCCGGACCUCGCCAGGGCCCAGUACCCGCCCGGAGGAGGCGGCCCCGCAGGCGGACGCGGCGCGGGACAUCGUGCACCCGGUGCGCGUGGACGCGGGCGGCGCCUUCCUGUCCUUCGAGCUGUGGCCGCGCGCGCUGCGCAAACGGACCGCGGAGGCCGGGGCCGGGGCCGGCGUGGCCUUCGCCCACUACCGGCUGCGCCUCCGCGGCCAGGACCUGCGCCUGCACCUGGGCGCCGCCCCGGACCUGCUGGCGCCGGGCUUCGUGAGCGAGACGCGCCGGCGGGGCGGCCUGGGCGCCGCGCGCAUCCGCCGGCCCGCGCCGCCCGCCUGCCACCUGCAGGGCCGCGUGCAGGGCGCCGCGCGCGGGGGCGGCCCCGCGGCCAUCAGCGCCUGCGACGGCCUGAAAGGUGUGUUCCGGCUCAACGACCAGGACUACUUCAUCGAGCCCCUGCGAGACGCCCAGGCCGAGCCCGGCGGCGCCCAGCCCCAUGUGGUGUACCAGCGUCCGGCGUCCCAGGGGCGGGCUGAGCAGGGCAGCCCCCGCAUCGGGGGCACCUGCGGGGUGCAAGCGCCCCAGGAGCGGGCGUUCUGGCAGCGGGCGGAGGGCGGCCAGCCGAAGCGGCAGGCGAAGCGGCAGCGGCGGUUCCAGAGCUCGGACAGCAGGGAGAAGUGGGUGGAGACGCUGCUGGUGGCGGACGCCGACAUGGUGCGGCACCACGGCCAGCCGCAGGUGGAGAGCUACGUGCUGACGCUCAUGAACAUGGUGGCCGGCAUUUUCAAGAACCCCAGCAUCGGGAAUCCCAUCCACAUCACGGUUGUGCGCCUGAUUGUGCUGCAGGACGAGGUGAGUGACAUGAAGGUCCAGCACGAGGCCCACAGCACCCUGAGCACCUUCUGCGAGUGGCAGAAGCGGCUCAACAUGGAGGAGGACUCCCACCCGCUGCACCACGACAUGGCCGUGCUGAUCACCAGGAAGGACCUGUGCACCUCCCGCAACCAGCCGUGCGAGACCUUGGGCCUGGCCCACGUGGGCGGCAUCUGCCAGCCCCACCUCAGCUGCAGCAUCACUGAGGACACCGGCCUGCCCACGGCGUACACCAUGGCCCAUGAGAUCGGGCACAGCCUGGGCAUCCUGCAUGACGGCGCCGGAAACCAGUGCCACCCCCAGGCGCCCCAGCUCUACAUCAUGUCCCCGCAGCUGCUCUACAACUCCAUGCCCCUCAACUGGUCCCAGUGCAGCCGUGACUACAUCACCCGCUUCCUGGACCGUGGCUUCGGCGCGUGCCUGGACGACCCGCCGGCCCAGGACGUCAUCCCGCAGCCCGCCCUGCUGCCCGGGGCCCUGUACGACCUGAACCACCAGUGCCGGCUGCAGUACGGGGACGGCUCCGCCCACUGCAGCGACCUGGGUGACCCCUGCGGUGUGCUCUGGUGCUCCGAGCUCCUCAGCUGUCACACCAAGAAGGACCCGGUGGUGGACGGCACGCCCUGCGGGGACCAGAAGUGGUGCCUGGGCGGGCAGUGCGUGUCGGCGGACCUGCAGCCCCAGGUGGUGGACGGCGGCUGGUCGGGCUGGACCGCCUGGUCCGCCUGCUCGCGGAGCUGCGGGGCGGGCGUGCAGAGCUCGGAGAGGCAGUGCACCGAGCCCGCGCCCAAGAACAGGGGCCGGUUCUGCGUGGGCGAGCGGCGGCGCGUGCGGCUCUGCAACGUGCAGGGCUGCGCGCCGGGCAGCCCCUCCUUCCGCGCCGUCCAGUGCGGCCAGUUCGACGCCACGCCCUACCGCGGCCGGCUGUACAAGUGGGUGCCGCAGCCGACUGACCAGGCCCCCUGCGAGCUGCACUGCAAGCCGGAGGGCGAGUCCUUCAGCGACCGCUUCCGGGACGCCGUGCUGGACGGCACGCCCUGCUACGAGGGCCGCCGGGGCAACAGGGACGUCUGCAUCGACGGCAUCUGCCAGAACGUGGGCUGCGACUUUCAGAUAAACUCUGGCGCCGUGGAGGACCGCUGCGGCGUGUGCAGGGGCAACGGCUCCACCUGCCACACCGUGAGCUGGGUCUUCCAGGAGCACGCGCCCCUCGGGUACGUGGACGUGGGCCAGAUCCCGGCCGGCGCCCGGGAGAUCCUGAUCAAGGAGCUGGUCCCGUCGGGCAACUUCCUGGUGCUGCGGGGCCAGGACGCCGGCCGCCACCACCUCAACGGGCAGUGGAGCAUCCGCCACCAGGGCGCCCACCCCAUCGCCGGCACCGUCUUCACCUACGUGCGCGACGGCCACCUGGAGCGGCUCACCGCCCCCGGCCCCACCAACGAGUCCCUCUGGAUCCAGAUGCUGUUCUAUGAGGCGAACCGCGGUCUGUACUACGAGUACACCAUCCAGCGGGACGCCAUCCCCCCUGGCGUGGCCACCGAGUUCUCCUGGGCCUACGGGGCCUGGACCGACUGCCCGGUCACCUGCGGCAAAGGCGUGCAGAGGCAGGUGGCGUACUGCACGGAGCGGCACUACGGGACGGUGGACAACAGGUACUGCGAGUCCCUGGGCCCGCCCGAGGAGCGCCAGAGGAUGUGCGUCCGGGAUCUCUGCCCGCCCCGGUGGUGGGCCAGCGACUGGCAGGCUUGCUCCCAGUCCUGCGGGCCCGGCGGCUUCCGGCGGCGGACGGUGUACUGCCUGCGCAGCCUGGGCCUGGGCACCUUCGCCGACAUGCUGCCCGCCGACUGCGGGGACGCGCCCGCGCCGCCCGCCGUGCAGCCCUGCAGCCAGCACGUGCCCUGCCCGUCCCGCUGGGCCUUCGGGCAGUGGACCCCGUGCUCCGCGACCUGCGGGCCCGGCGUGAUCCGGCGGGCCGUGGCCUGCACCCAGGACGCCGGCGUGCCCUGCGACGAGGCCGAGCGGCCGCCCGGCCAGGCGCCCUGCCUCCUGCGGCCCUGCCUGCAGCCGCUGGACGUCCCCCAGGGCCCCGAGGGCUCGGGCAGCGGCGGCGGCGGCGGCGGCCCGCUCGGCCAGGAGCUGGACAACGAGGUGGACUCCCCGCCCCGCCCCCCGGCGCGCCAGCCUCCGCCGCCGGGCGCCGCGCUGCCCACUGAGCCGCCCGGACCCGGCAACGCCAUCCACCAGGCCCGGCCGGAGCUGGGCCCGCCGGGGCCGGCCGUGGUGGACGACUUUUACUAUGACUACAACUUCAUCCGCUUCCACGAGAACUUGGCCGGGGACGGGGACGAGGACGGGGACGGGGACGAGAACGGGGGGCCGGGCCUGCACCCCUCUCCCUCCCCGCCCCCCCAGAGCGGCCCCUCGGAGCCCCCCGCGCCUGCGGGGCGGACGCCCUGGGACCCUCUGCUCAACUUCCUCCCCGAGGAGGAUGCCCCCACGGGGACCCCGCCCCCCGCCCCGGAGGGCCACACGCCCGCCACCCCGGGGACCCCCGAGGCGCCCCCUCCGCGGUGGGAGAGCACCAACGAGGUCCCCGAGGAGGACGAGGGGGACCCCCCAGGCCCGUUUCUCCUGCCGGGGUUCCCCGAGGCCCCCCCGCGGCCCCCAGCCCGCCCCUCGCCCCAGCCUGGCCCGGAGGCGCUGUGGCCGGCCGUGGGGGGCGUCCCUCCCGCGGCCCCUCUGCCCCAGGCUCCCCCCGGCCCGGCCCCGGGGGCCCCGCCGCCCGGGAACGCCAGCUGGGAAGCCGGAGACUGGAGCCAGUGCUCCACCACCUGCGGGCUGGGCGCCUCCUGGAGGGCCGUGCGCUGCAGCUCGGGCCGCGAGGAGGACUGUGCGCCCGAGGGCCGCCCGCAGCCCGCCCGCCGCUGCCACCUGCGGCCCUGCGCCGCCUGGCGCGCCGGCAACUGGAGCAAGUGCUCCCAGGGCUGCGGGGGGGGGGCUUCGGUGCGGGACGUGCAGUGUGUGGACGCCCGGGACCUGCGGCCGCUGCGGCCCUUCCACUGCCAGCCCGGGCCCGCCCCGCCCCCCGCCCGCCGGCCCUGCGGCUCCCAGCCCUGCCUGAGCUGGUACACCUCCUCCUGGCGGGAGUGCUCGGAGGCCUGCGGCGGGGGCGAGCAGCACCGCCUGGUGACCUGCCCGGAGCCCGGCCUGUGCCCGGAGGCGCUGAGGCCCAACGCCACGCGGCCCUGCAACACGCACCCCUGCACCCAGUGGGCGGUGGGGCCCUGGGGCGAGUGCUCGGCGCCCUGCGGCGGCGGGGUGCAGCGCCGGGUGAUCCGCUGUGUGAACACCCACCGGGGGCUGCCCGAGGAGGACAGCGGGCGCUGCGCCCACGCGCCCUGGCCCGCCAGCGCCCGGCCGUGCGGCACCCAGGCCUGCGAGGUGUCCGAGCAGCGGCAGGGCUGCGAGCAGGACCAGCUGCCCUUCGGCUCCUGCGAGAGGCUCCGCCUCCUGGCCCGCUGCCGGCUGCCCAGCAUCCGCGCCCAGUGCUGCCUCACCUGCCGCGGCUGACCCGCCCCCGCCGGCCCGGCGGGCGGGCGGACGGACGGACGGACGGACAGACCACUGACAGCCACACAGACCUCAGCGCCCCCCCCCGCCCCCCUCCGCGCCCCCAUGGUGCUACA